AGGAGGAGGAGUCUGGUUACGUCUCCAAAGGAUCACACGCCGAGUGGAUCCAGCUCGUCCGCACACUCAGCCACUCUCUGCCCGGGAAGCAGCGCAGAGACGAUGCCUGUGGAGAGGUGACCACCGCCCGAUACCUGAAGCUCAUCUCCUCAGCUAUGGAGAACAAAUAAAUAAGACCACAAUCUGAUCUUAAAACAUGGCGAGGAGGCGGCGGUGAGAGCGGCGGUGGAAGCUCAGGAUAGAAGCGCCUCUCUGGAGGAGGGAGAGGAGCCCACGGCGCUCUCUUGUCUCUUAAGAGGAUCAAGGAAAAAGGGAAAUCGAGCUAUUUAUAAGCGGCGGACUGUUUGGACUAUCCACCGGUGACAGCAACAUGAGCGGCGGGCCGGAUGAGAGCUCGGUGCGCGUCGCCCUGAGGAUCCGUCCUCAGCUGGCCAAGGAGAAGAUCGAGGGCUGCCACAUCUGUACGUAUGUGAUGCCAGGGGAGCCGCAGGUGGUCCUGGGUAAGGACAAGGCCUUCACCUACGACUAUGUCUUCGACAUGGAUACCCAGCAGGAAUCGAUCUACACCCACUGCACUGAGAGGCUCAUCGAAGGCUGCUUCGAAGGCUACAAUGCCACUAUCUUUGCAUACGGACAGACGGGUUCAGGAAAGACCUACACCAUGGGAACCGGCUUCGACGUCAACAUCGGCGAGGACGAGCUUGGUAUCAUUCCCCGAGCUGUCUACCACCUGUUCAGAGGGAUCGAGGAGCGCAGACAGGCUGCCACUGAGCAGGGCAGGCCUGUUCCUGAGUUCAAGAUCAACGCACAGUUCCUGGAGUUGUACAAUGAGGAGGUGUUGGACUUGUUUGACUCGACGCGAGACCUCGAGGCCAGGAAGCAGAGGUCCAACAUCAAAAUCCAUGAGGAUGCCAAUGGAGGAAUCUACACCGUGGGGGUCACCACGCGCACCGUCACCUCUGCGGCUGAGAUGAUUCAGUGUCUGAAGCUGGGCGCUCUGUCUCGUACCACCGCCAGCACUCAGAUGAACGUCCAGAGUUCGCGCUCCCAUGCCAUCUUCACCAUCCACCUGUGCCAAGUCCGAGUCUGCUCUCCUGAUAACAACGAUAAUGUAACAGACAACCGUCUAGCUAACGACUCAGAGAUUAACGAGUUUGAGACGCUGACAGCCAAGUUUCACUUUGUGGACCUGGCAGGUUCUGAGAGACUGAAGAGGACCGGAGCAACAGGAGACAGAGCUAAGGAGGGCAUCUCCAUCAACUGUGGGCUGCUUGCUUUGGGAAAUGUCAUCAGUGCUCUGGGAGACAGGAGUAAACGCUCCACUCACGUGCCUUACAGAGACUCCAAACUGACCCGGCUGUUACAGGACUCACUCGGUGGCAACAGUCAAACAGUGAUGAUCGCCUGUAUCAGCCCGUCGGACCGGGACUUCAUGGAGACCUUGAACACUCUGAAGUACGCCAACAGAGCCCGAAACAUUAAGAACAAGGUGAUGGUGAACCAGGACAGAGCCAGCCAACAGAUCAGCGCCCUUAGAACGGAGAUAGCGCGACUGCAGAUGGAGCUGAUGGAGUACAGGACGGGGAAGCGUAUGGUGGGUGAAGAUGGGAUGGAAGGCAUUAACGACUUGGUCCAUGAGAACUCGAUGCUGCAGACGGAGAACAAUAACCUGAGGGUGAGAGUGAAGGCCAUGCAGGAGACCAUCGACGCCCAGAGAGCUAGACUCACACAGAUCCUGAGUGACCAGGCCAACCAGAUUGUGGCGAAAGCAGGUGGACAAAAAAGUCGUGACGGCAAUGAAGAGAUCGGGAACAUGAUUCAGAACUACAUCAAAGAAAUCGAGGAGCUCAGAGCUAAACUUCUUGAAAGCGAGGCUGUAAACGAGAAUCUCAGGAAGACCUUGUCUCGGGCCUCCACUCGCUCUUCGCUGUACGGCGGCCCCGGCGGCUCUUUCUCCCCGGCUUUACUCGCCCCUGAGAAAGAAGCCAAUGAAGUCAUUGAGAUGGCCAAGAAAAGCCUGGAGAAACUCAAGAAGAAGGAGAGGAAGAAGAAGAAGAGACUAAGGCGAUACGAGGAGAGUCACCACCGAGAGGUUGAACACACCAGUGUUGUCAAAGAGGACGUGCCAGACAACGACCACGAGCGAGGCAACGAGGAAGCAGAGGAGGCCAGCGACCACGAAGAAGGCGAGGAUGCAGAUGGAGAGGAGGAGGACUUUGACAUUGCGGGAGAUGAGACGUCUGAUGAAUCUGACUCUGAUGAACUGGAGGAGAAAGAAAACGUCCAGGCCGACCUGGCCAACAUCACCUGCGAGAUCGCCAUCAAGCAGAAGCUGAUCGAUGAGCUGGAGAACAGCCAGCGGCGUCUGCACACACUCAAACAGCAGUACGAGCAGAAGCUGAUGAUGCUGCAGAACAAGAUCAGAGACACGCAGCUGGAGAGGGACAAGGUGCUGCAUAAUAUGGGUUCAGUGGAGUCGGGUACGGAGGAGAAGGCCAAGAAGAUCAAAACAGAGUACGAGAGGAAGCUGAGCUCCAUGAACAAAGAGCUGCAGAAGCUCCAGUCAGCUCAGAAAGAGCACGCCCGCCUACUGAAGAACCAGUCGCAGUACGAGAAGCAGCUCAAGAAACUCCAGCAGGAUGUGACCGAGAUGAAGAAGACCAAGGUGUCACUGAUGCGUCAGAUGAAGGAGCAGCAGGAGCGGAGCAGAGCAACGGAGUGCAAGAGGAACAGGGAGAUUGCCUCUCUGAAGAAAGACCAGCGCAGAGCCGAGCACCAACUGAGGCAGAUGGAGGCUCAGAAAAGACAGCAGGAGCUGAUUCUCCGCAGGAAGAAUGAAGAGGUGACGGCUCUCAGGCGGCAGGUGAGGCCCACGUCUGGGAAGGUGAGCAGGAAGGUGAGCUUACCCGACCCUCUGCAGGAGCCUCAUAGAGCCACCCCAGGAAGGAUGCAGACAUCUGGAGCGUCCCCAGCCAGUGGAGCCAGGAGUUCUCCGAUGCGGAUGGGAAGUAUCUACCUCACCAGGACAGCCAGGGCCAAAUGGCAGUCACUGGAGAGACGUGUCACUGACAUCAUCAUGCAGAGGAUGACCAUUUCUAACAUGGAGACGGACAUGAACAGGCUGUUGAAGCAAAGGGAGGAGCUGACCAAGCGCAGAGAGCGAGUGUCCAGAAAGAAAGAGAAGAUGGCGGUGGAAGGUGCAGACGCCGACCGCUCCCUGGCCUCCCUGAACGAGGAGCUGGAGUCUCUGGGCGCCAACAUUGACUAUAUCAACGACAGCAUCGCCGACUGCCAGGCCAACAUCAUGCAGAUGGAGGAGGCCAAGGAGGAAGGAGACACUGUGGAUGUCACCGCAGUGGUCAGCUCCUGUAAUUUAUCAGAGGCCCGCUUCCUUCUGGAUCAUUUCAUGACUAUGGCCAUCAAUAAGGGUCUGCAGGCGGCUCAGAAGGACUCUCAGCUGAAGGUGAUGGAGGGCAGGUUGAAGCAGACUGAGAUCAACAGCGCCACCCAGAACCAGCUGCUGUUCCACAUGCUGAAGGAGAAAGCGGAGAUCAACCCGGAGCUGGAUGCUCUGCUGGGCAGUGCUUUGCAAGAGUUAGGUUACCUGUCACCAGAGAAUGGAGAUGACAGCAGUAGUGAUGAGUUCACCCCCAGUCCAGCCACAGAGGGCAGCAUCCUGGCAUCAGAUCUAAUGAAGUUAUGUGGGGAAUCCAGACCUAGAAGCAAGGCUCGCAGGCGGACCACCACCCAGAUGGAGCUGCUGUAUGCCGGCAGUGGGGAUCCGUUCUGUGAAUCCCCCACCGGAGACUUCCCGGCCCCUCUACUGCCCCUCUCGGAGCGCCUGGAAGGGCCGGCGGACAUGCAGGGUCACGUGUUUGGUCAAACCCCUGACCGCGAGCAAACUGUUUCCCCAUCUGCACUGUCUGCCAGGCCAGCUGGCAUCUCUGGAUCCAGGUCACCCACAGGGACUGAGAGGAGGCCACUGGAGCGCUCGCCCCUCAACCGAAGAAAGGUGCAAGAAAGAGGAGCCACGGCGAUACACAUCCCAGCAGCAGCCACUCACACACCUCCACCUAGUGCAGCAGAGGCUAAAACUAAAGGCAGUGACCACAAAUUACUGUUGGAGGAGUCGCCUGUGUUUGAAGGUCAUAGAGGCGUGAUCAACCCUGUGACGGCCCCAAAGAACAGCCGUGGGGCCAAACUCCAGUGUGUCUACGUAGCGGAGGGCCACACUAAACCUGUUCUCUGCGUAGAUGCCACAGAUGAUCUGCUCUUCACAGGAUCCAAAGACCGUACAUGUAAAGUCUGGAACUUGGUGACGGGUCAGGAGAUCAUGUCUCUGGCAGAUCAUCCCAGCAGCGUCAUCUCAGUCAGGUACACGUCGAGUCUUGUCUUCACUGUCUCCACCGCUUACAUCAAAGUGUGGGACAUACGAGACUCUGCCAAGUGUAUCCGCACACUCACGUCAUCAGGCCAAGUGGGUUCAGGGGACAUCUGUUCAUCUGUCAGGAGUUUAUCCAUCCCGCCAGGAGAGAGUCAGAUCAACCAGAUCGCUCUCAACCCUUCUGGCUCCUUCCUUUAUGCUGCUGCUGGCAACGCUGUGCGCAUGUGGGACCUCCGCAAAUUUGUGUCCACAGGGAAGCUGACCGGCCAUUUGGGACCUGUCAUGUGUCUGACUGUUGACAAAUUAGGAAAUGGACAGGAUCUUGUCCUCACUGGCUCCAAAGACCAUCAUAUAAAAAUGUUUGAGGUGGCAGAAGGUGCCCAGGGGAGCAUCACCUCUGGCCAUACGUUUGAACCCGCUCAUCAGGAUGGCGUGGAGUCUCUGACCGUGCACGGAGAUGUUCUCUUCAGCGGCUCCAGAGACUACUACAUCAAGAAGUGGGACUUAGCCAGUAAACAACUGCUACAGCAAUCCGUCAGUGCCCAGGCAGACUGGGUUAGCGCUCUGGGCAUGGUGCCAGGCUCCCAAGUGCUGCUCAGCGGAUGCAGAGGAGGGCUGCUGCGCCUCUGGCACGCCGACUCUCUGGCGCCCCUCGGCGAGGUCCGGGGACACGACAGUCCGAUCAACGGCCUGGCCACCAACAGCAGCCAACUGUUCACUGCCUCAGAUGACCGCACAGUGAAGAUUUGGGAAGCCAAAGGAUCUCUGGAGGAAGGAGUCCACUGACACCUUACCUGAAAUCGAGGAUCGUCUUCUGGCCUUUACCCAAUCAAAAUGAAUCGUUUGUGAAGCUACUACAUCACCCGUGACUUAAUCAAGCGUGAGAUGGGCUGAAAAAGAAUCUUUAAACAACACUGGCGCUCCCCAGGGAUCAGUUUCAGGGAAGUCUAAUUAGAUGCGACAGCUCUCAGUCUUUCAAGAUGAGUGUAUUUACUGAUAAUUUAGGUCAAAGCGAGUCACAGCGGAGCCUCUCCAGUCUGCUGCAGAGCUCCAAGGACGACAGAACAGCUGCAGUGGACAGCAUCUUUCAUGACUGCAACAGAAAACAACAAAAUUAAAAUAAAUCAUGGACUUCUGUGUCUCUCCUGUGCUUUCAACAUUCCUCCCCGCUUUUCAGCACUAGACAACAUGGAUACCUUAUAUGCUUUUCAUGAAUUUUGCUGGAGCUGAUGAGAAAAACAGGUUCAGGGGAGAUGAUUUGCCCAAAGUGGCCCAAGACAAGACAUCUCCUGCUCACCAGCAAUAACUGUGAGUCUAUCCUGUGUGUUCAUGACUUGUGAUGUGUUGUGUCAUUGCUCUCCAGGUCAUUUUGUGUGUGUGUGUGUGUGUUCUCUGUAAGCAAGGACCAAAUAACUACUGAAACUGCAUAUGGUCUUAUCCUUCAGCUGUUACUGCCAAACCCUCAGUGGAACAUAAGAAGCCUCUAAAUAAAACAUACCGCGCUCCUUUGACAGGGUCCUUACACAUUUUCCGCUUUAAAGUUCUGUACUUGUCCCGCUGUUAUAGUCAGUGUUCAUUAAACCAACCACUGACUGAUAUUAUGUCUCCAAAAAAAUGUGCAUAUCAUGGCUGAACAACAGUAUUCCUAUAUUCUGCCUUACAUAAGCAGCGAGCAGUAACGACAAAAACAGUGAGGCUGGAGACAAUUAGCUUGAAGUUAAAUGCUACUUAGUCAAGCAGAGGAACAAAUAAAAAAGGACAAGCAAACUGAAUGUUUCCUUUAACUUUCUCGUCUAUUUGCACUAAUGAACUUGACUAAUUAAUCAAGAUAGGCUCUGAUUUAAUACAGUUAAAUAUAUGAUUUAGAGUUGCCACCAUUAACUGAUUAAUUGAGAAGAUGUAAACUUUUAAACUAAUUACCAAAGAUUUUUUAAAGACAAAAAAUCAAAAGUCAAAAUUUUCUUAUUCUAGCUUCUUAAAUGUGAAUAUUUUCUGGUUUCUCUACUCCUCCAUGACGGUAAACUGAAUAUCUUUGGAUAGUGGACAAACAAGACAUUUCAGGACCUUUGCUUUGGGAAACACUGAUUUUUCACCAUUUUCUGACAUUUUAUAGCCCAAACAACUAAACGUUUUAUCAAGAAAAUAACUGACAGAUUAAUAAACAAUGAAAAUAAUUGUGAAUUGCAGCCCUAAUAUGAAUUAAUAAUACGAUUUCAUGUAAAUAUAGAGUGCCCCAGGGAGGACGUUUUACUGUAGGCUGAAGCAAAGGUCAGCAUCAUACUGGUUUCCUUGUCGAAAAGCCUAUGGGAUGAUGGAUUAUUGCCGAAAAUAGCCUAUGAUACAUAUUUUGUUGCGUGAGAUAAUCUUCACAAAUGAACACCUGUUUCAUGAUUAUUGAAGCCUAAAUGCAAUCGUCAGAAGUAAAAAGCUAACUUUAGGCUAUAAAGGAACUACACUACAGUUGCAUGACUUAACGUUACAACCAUAACAACACUGUAAAGCAGUGUUCUGCGCAGCUUGGCAUGAUGACAUCCUGUAGUCUAAUUUAGCCACUUGUUAGCUUGUGUUAUCUACAGACCUUAUGUCAGCCAUCUAAACAAACAUGAGGGAACCGGGAGUGCUAAAAUGCUAACUCAUUUCUGGGUUUUAGGACUCAUUCCUGGGGCACUCUAUUCCUAGCUUAACUGUUACUUUAAGCUAGGCUAGCUAGUCAUCUUUUAGCAGGACUAGCUUAAGUGGUGUUUUUGUCAGAUUUAGCUACUGACUUAUUUACAAACUCAAUUGCUAAGAUUUUUAAUAUUUCUUUUACUGAUUUUAACCGUAGGGAACACAGAAAAAAUGGGUAAAUUUCCUUUUACUAGCUAGCCUUAACUAGCUAAUAUGGCGUCAGUUUGAUUUUAACAUGUUUUUUCAAAUUUGAUAUGUAUUUUCUUUUUCAAAAUUUAAUGGCAUAAUGAUUUUAAAGCUGAUAAAACAGAUGUUAAAAGGCAAAUUGUGGUCUUUACCCAUCCCAAUUUUGACCUGCGUUUUGGCCUUUUUAGGCUAGCACAGUUAGUCCCAGCUUCCUCAGUUACAAACAGAUCAUUUAAUUUAGCUUUCUCGCCCAUUUGCACUGGUGAACUACUCUAAUUAAUUAAUUUAUGAUUUAAUACAUUUGAAUAUAAUUUUUAAAGUUAGCUUAAUUACAUCAUAUUAUGUGAAUUCCUCUAUUUUCAAUGCCAGAGACAGCGUAAUCUAGCUAGCUAGGCUAGUUAGCUAUUAGCAGGACUAGCUUAACUGGUGUUUCAGAGUUAGCCACUGCUGUUAAUAGUAACAACUAAUGUUAAACUUAUGGUAAAAAGUCAAUUGCUAAGAUUUUAGAUAUUAAAAACAGGUUUUAACUGCAGAAAACACAGAGGAAAAAGUGGCUAAAUUAGCUUUCGCCAGCUAGCCUUUACUAGCUAGUGUUUAGCCAGUUGUUUUUUACCUUCUUUUUUUCAGAUUUGAUAUGUUGUUUUUUGUAAGUUCUGUGGCAUACUGAUAUUUUAGCAGGUAAAGCAGAUGUCAGAAAGUGAAACUGUAUUCUUAACUCAAUUUUGACCCAUGUAGUGUGCUGCAUUUGGCUUUAUAGGGCAGCACAGUUACCCUACAGUUAAACUUGCUUUUAUCUCUAAAUCUCAAAACCCCAGAGUAGCUGCUACAUCCAGAUUGAAAUAAUACAGGUGUCUCGGUGUUUCCCAACCCACAACAGGUUCAAUAUUUCAGUCAGUGAUAUGUUAAUAAAUAACAGCUGGGUUUCUGGUUCCAGUAUUCUCUGGUUGACACACAGAAAGUUUCCUUUAAGCAUUCAUAGCCUCAGGUGGCGUUUUACUUUCCUCUGCUGAAUGGUUUCACUUCCCUGUCAGCACGCUCCCCUCUGGCAAGGAAACAUUUUCUCAAUUUCAGGAUUUUGAUUCUUCAGAUGAAAAGGUUACCCACUGAGUAUUUACUUUCUCUAACCUUUAACUCUGUAUGCAGAGGCACAGCUCUGGCAGCAAGUGCUUUUAGAAAACCGUUUUUUUUUUAAUGUUAGUCUUAAAGCAGUUUGAUGAAAAGAUACUUUAAUGAGAGGCUGUUUCGAGUCUGAUGGAAUCAAGCACCUUGCAAUUCUGAAGUCACAGGAUAUGACAUGUAUUUCAUGAAAGCGUUUAUUCCUGAAAGACGUGUGUGUACAUGUGUGUUUUUCAAUCUGACCGAAACGAUGAGUUCUCAUUCCUGUACAGUACUGUUCACCCCUGCUGUCUUAGUGUCUGUAAACUGCACGUGUGCUGCAGGUAACCAUAUCAAACAUGAUUCAAUCUUUAAAUGUGAGUCUGAACUGAUACUAUUUAUUUAUUAUUUCAUUGAUUUAUUUUUUUGACUUUGCUGUUGUGUCCUCCAUAUCACAGAGAUUUGAACUUAUUUUCAUUUAAUGCCUCUGAUAUCUCAGCGUCAUAUACGAUGGACUGAGUUGAAUAAAUGGGAUGGUUUCCACAUAAUCAGAGGUGGAUUAUCAGUGCCUGCAAUCAAUCCUAAACAGACAGUAACUGUAGAAUCACUACAUGAUAAAUGCUGAGUAUCCCAGUAUGUCAGGAGUGUCCUUUAAAUUAAUGGGAAAACACUUAUAUUUAAGGACAGUAAGGAUAUUGGAGGUAUGUUAGCAAUGAUAAAGUCAAUGGGACUAAAAUAAUUGCACUGAUUUUUUUUUUUUUUCCCAACUUUGAAUCUGUUUUCCAAUUGUCUUGUAACAUAGGUUAAUACCUGGGACGGAAAUAGAUGAGUUAGAGAAACUGGUUUUCAGUCCCAUUGACUUGCACUUAAAUUGUGAAAAAAAAAAGAUCCCAAAAAAAGCAACAAUAUGAGCUGUACGUAUUCCUAAUUCAUAAUGAAUUUGAUAUUAGAAAGGCUGCUUAAAAUCUGAAUUGUCCUUCCAAUUGUAAUCUGUAAAUCUGCUCGUGUAAAUACGACUGUUGUUUUCUUCCUGCUGAUUCUCUCGUGCACAAUUUCAACUGAUUGAAAUGUCAGGUGCAGUGUGAAAUAAAUUUUAAAAUAUAAAAAAAAAAA